GGAGCCGGCGUAGCAGCAAAUCCAGCAAGUGUGUGGAAGUGCCGAAUAAAAGCGGACUAAGAGCCCACGUUAAGAGUGUUGUGUUUGGGGACUUGAAUUUCGUAGAGAAAGGGUUUUCAGAGUUUUCACCACGCUUUAAAAUUCCUUUCUGGCUUCUUCUUGCUCAGCGUGACUGAUCAAUGCUUAUCCGUCUUCAACAUGGACUGUCGAGUGCUGUCAAUUCAGAGUCACGUGGUUAGGGGAUACGUAGGAAACAAGUCAGCCACUUUUCCUUUGCAGCAGUGAGAAUCGUGUGUGUGUGUGUGUGUGUUUUUCUUUCUCUAUGCAGGUACUUGGCUUUGAAGUGGACUCUAUAAACUCAGUACAGUUCUCCAAUCACACAGGUUACAAGCACUGGAAAGGACAGGUGCUGACUGCUGAUGAGCUACAUGUCCUGUACGAAGGAAUUAAACUCAACAAAGUCAACCAUUAUGACUAUGUGCUUACAGGUUACUCCAGGGAUGUGUCUUUCCUGGAAAUGGUGGUGGACAUCGUUCAGGAGCUGAAGAAUGCUAACCCCAAGCUUGUGUAUGUAUGUGAUCCAGUCAUGGGAGAUAAUGGAUCAAUGUACGUUCCAGAAGCCCUGCUGCCGAUCUACAGGGAAAAGGUGGUGCCUGUGUCAGACAUCAUAACGCCUAACCACUUUGAGGCAGAGCUCCUUACUGGAAGAAAAAUCAGUACAGAAAAAGAUGCAGUGGAGGCAAUGGAUCUGCUGCAUGCUAUGGGUCCUGACACUGUGGUCAUUACCAGCUCAGACCUGCUCUCUCCUCUGGGGGAUCAGUAUUUAGUGGCCCUAGGGAGCCAGAACACAGUGACAGCAGAUGGCAGUAAAGAGAAGCAAAGGAUCCGAAUGGACAUUCCCAAAGUAGAUGCUGUGUUUGUGGGCACUGGGGAUCUGUUUGCUGCUUUGCUGCUGGCGUGGACACACCACCACCCUAAUGACCUCAAAACAGCCUGUGAGAAGACUGUUUCUGUGAUGCAGCAUGUCAUUAAGAGGACUAUCGCCUACGCCAAGGAGGCUGCAGGUCCUAACCGGAGGCCGAGCCCUGCACAGUUGGAGUUGAGGAUGGUGCAGAGUAAAGCAGACAUUGAGGAUCCUACAAUAACCGUUAAUGCUAUUGUGCUCUAGGGUUUCACUUCCAGCCUCCUCUGGGCUGUGGCUGACUCCUGACACACAACAGAUAAUUCACAUUUCAGAAAACACAAACACAUUAUUGUGUAGAGUAUGAAAGACACACAUGUAAAAUCACGGGUCAUCCAAAUACUAACUAAAGCCAUGUUGGUGUUUGUGUUCGACUUCAGUACUGUAUGAGAACGACACUGUGUUGUUUUUAAUGUUCUAAUAGAAUAAUGUGAGUGAAAGGAAGUGCUGAUCAGGGAUUGCUGUAACCAGUUGGUCAGUUGUAUGCUGCUACAAUGGAGGACUUUAAUUUAAAGGCCACAUUAUUAGGAUGCCACUACAAUAUAUUCACAACAGUUUGUCAGUUACAACAGACUGUUAAGACCGUUAGACACCACAUCCUUAUCAGGAACAUGGCAUGACACCAAUCCUUAUUUACUUAUAUAAUCCUUAAAUACUUCUGUAUUUCACCUUUACAUUCAUCAUGAAUAGUCUAAUGUUUCACUUAUAAUGUUAGUCUAGUUUCUAGGGAAAUAUUACUUCAAGAGUUAAUUUAUCAAAAUAUUCAGUAGCAAAAGUGGCUUAUGGAAAUUAUGUUUUGGGGGAAAAAUUAACUGAUUUUUAAUGAGGACCAGCAGUCAGAUGGCCAGUACUGUCUUACAUGUAACAUGUUAAGUAUUGCACUUCUCUUGAGAAAGACUGGUCUUAUGAAAUUUGUUUCAUGAUUUACAAAAUAGUUUUAUACACAAUCUGGUUUCUUGCCUUAUUGUGGCAAAUGUGUUAGUAUGUUCACAAGUUAGUAAUGUUCCAUAAUCAACUUUAGCAUUUAUUUUAACUUUUUAAUGCUAUUAACGAGGCUAUUCAUUUGAUGAUCACAUACAGAGAUUUGUAAUGUACUCAAUGUUGAUGUACAUCGGGACCUGAAAAUGCUGCAAUUUUUAAAAAGAAGGAUUAAAUGAUCAUUGGUCUUUGUACAAGUAACUGCUGAAUUUAUAAUAUAAAUCAAUCAAUUAACUGUUAAUUGUAAUUAAUUAAGAAAAAAAUAUUAAUGAUUAUUUUUUCUUAGCAAAGACAUUAACUGUCUGCCUUUCAUUUGUGCUUAUUUGCUGAUCCACCAGAUGACUGUAAAGAAAAUAAAGAUUUUAAAUAAAGCUAAUAAGGCACACAGAA